CAACUGGCCGACCGAGGAAUUUCCCUCGGUCUGGACAAAGCUUUCAACGGACUGAUGGUGAGAGUUUUGUAAAGCUUCCUAGAACCAAAUUGACUCCUGUUUUGGAGUACCUAAUUUAUGUUCUGGGUUUGUAUAGUAAUUCGCAUUCUCGAAAAGAACCAACACCUUGGCAUAGAUGAAUCUUGAUGUGAUUGCAAUGAGCAUUGGCAGGAUUUGCCAGGCCUUUGCGCCAGGGUCAAGAGAAAAUGGUUUGUGCAGGUCUGUGGAAUCUAGAAGGACAUGUAAAGACGUAUUGCUUGACCUUGUUUGGUGGUUUGGUACUUUUGCAAACCUUGGAUUUUCCUGGGAAACACAUCGCAAGUCGCAACCACGGCUUUUCAGCAAGCAAACGCAUUCAAUAAUUCAACGUUAUUUUUCUGCAGUUUGCUUUCGAUCGGGCGUCACAUUGAAACAUCAAGAACCAUCUAAGAUUCUUUUCGAAAUGGAUGGUUAAUUUUGAAACACCUGGGAUGGUUUGGGGAAACUAGAUCAUCAGGUGGUUUUGAGGUGAAAAGGUAGUGGAGUUGCCAUUUCGGCAGAUGGGCCCAUUUCGGUGGGUCUUGGUCACUGAGUCAGUGAUUUUAGUCGACGAUGAAUUCUUUAUACGUACUUCCAGAGUAUUUGCUGGAGAAUUUGCUGAGUCGUUUGGACUGUGCCAAUUGUCCAAACCGCAAAGUUUGGACCUCAGAAAAGGCGUUUGAGAUAGAGUCCUUGCAAGAUCCUGUACUGGUCCACGAUGUUUGCGUUGCUUUGCGCCAUGGCCAUGUGCCGUUUUGCCUCGGCUGGCCAUGGGCUGGACAACAACUGGACAGUGAAGGUGACCGGACUGCGAGAUGCGGCUGGCUGUGUCAGGGUGACCGAACUCGAAGAUUUAGGCGCCAAUCUGCCCACCACCAGCCAAAUGACUUGCCUUUCUGCCACCAACAUGUGCAGUGAUAACUACGACUGCCAAGCUGCGAGAGCAUCCAAGCCUUCCAAUUUCCAGGGGUGCACCUUUGAUGCCACUACGGCCGUGGACGCCACUGUCACCGGCGUGCUGAUGGACGGCUUGUGCUACAGGAACUUUGUGGUGGAACAGAAGAACUUCAACGGACAGCCGGGAUGGGCACCUGACAAAGUGCACGUGCGGAGUGAGGCACAUCUCCACACGCGGGCCUGCCUGGUGGUCAACUAUUGCGCGAAGACGGGGUUCUACCUCUUACGGCCCACCACAGGGGACUAUGCCUAUGAAGCGCAGAUGGAAGAAGGCACCUCAGCCGAAAAGGUCUUUGACUUUUUGAUCGAAGCACGUCACUCCUCCUGCACCACGACCACGACGACGGAGAAGGCAAACAUGGACUCAGCUCAAAAAAUGCAGGCGAUUGGAGCUUCCAUGCUCCUCGCGUUUUUCCUUUCAUUCAAGUGAACGUCAGCCAACUGGCCGACCGAGGAAUUUCCCUCGGUCUGGACAAAGCUUUCAA